AUAAUCUGCCUUAAAGCUUUACAAGGGCAGUUUUAUUGAGAUGUCAUUGGGUUUUGUUUUGUGAUUUAUCAUGCAUGUCUGUGAGUGCUGAUAUUGAUAAUCAGACAGGAAACAGUAGAUUAUUAUAAUUCAAGGCCUUAAAUAUGUAUAAGGGUUUAUAUGCCUGUAUGAGGGCAUGCACUCAUGGGUCCAUUAGGAAGGUCUUGUUAGCAUAUCCAUCUUGGAUGUGAGCCACACUGCGGUUGAAAAGAGAGAAUCUGGAAUGCUGUGGUUGUGGUGUCAUGUUAUAUCCAGGCAUAUGGAUGAUUAGAUUUGCCUUCAGGUUUGUAAACCAACUUAUAUUUUGUUACAUUGACUAAAUAAGCCAAACAUGUUGAGAUAUAAUGCAUUACAUUAGGCCACUGGUUUUUAUGCAUUGUUUUUCGUAUUUUAAAGUAAGAUAAUAAAUCAGACUGAAUGUUGUCACAUGGCCUCCUCAUUUUGCAUGUCAUUCCUUCAUGUUUCUACUCAAAUGCUUUUCUCACUUUCUUUUUAUUGUUGUUGUCUUGCUGUUGGUUGUCUAGUCUGGCACUCUGUCAGUUAAGGAGGACUCAUUAUCCACUAAAGGGUCAGAACUUUCCAAUCUUGUGGUGACUGAAAAUCUCACAGUGUCUUCAAUACCAGAAGCACAGGUAUCUGACUCUAGCGUUCCUCCUCAGCCUUCCCCAAAUUGCGCACCACUUUUACUGGAACUCCACAUUGCUGAGGAAUCGACAACUGUUGCUCCAGUGUCCAAAUCCAAGGUGCAUUGCACUUCCUUUAAGCCCUAUACAGAGAAAUUCCUGGUAAUUUCCAGCACAAAGAGUCCAGCCCCUGAGUCUUGUUUAUCACCUGAACCAUCUGCAAAAACCUCAAGUCCUCCGGCUUUAAAUUUACUCUCAAGUCCCAUUUCGGUCGCCAAAAAUAGUCCACCUGUAGUACCAAAGGCCUCCUCACCAGUUAUAACUUCAAGGAUAUCUAAAAGCCCCAGUCCUCCACAGGUUAUCAAGAGCUCAAAUCGAAUUGUCGAUGUAAAAAGUUCUAGUCUUGUAACAACUGCUAAAACCUCUACUCCAGUUAUGGUAAGAAAGAUCCCAAGCCCCGUUACAGCUUUUAGAGCAACCAAAAGUCCCGUCCCUGGAGAUCUUGCCAAAAGCACAAGUCCCAAGUCAGGGAUUACUAGCAAGAGUCCAGUGCCAACUACCAUUACAUUGCCCGCUCCUCCAGUUUCAACCCUAACAUUAACCCCGAAGCCUUCCAAAGAGAAACCUGAGAGCUUUGAACCGGGCAUAUUGGGAAUAAGUGUUCCUUGCCCCAAGCCUCUUCUUGAGGAAGCUCUGGACAAGCUAUUGACAUCCAGUUUUUCUCAACAAGAGUCGGUAAAAAUGGGUGAAGGAACUCCUGCCUCAUUAGAGGUGAAUGAUGAUGUUCUGGCACGUCCUCAUCAAUCGACACCACCAGGUGGCUUUGAAGAUGUCACUUGGAUGGACGACCCCUUAAACCCCACAUCGUUCCCUGGGGAGUCAGAUGUUUCACUGGACCUUCCACUUCUCCAGCCAUCAGCGGUUGAAAGGCUCUCCGCUUCUGGACAACUUAAAUCGGUCAUCAGACGCACAAAGGAAACAUCCAACAUCCACCCAAUGUUUCGUGAUGGCCACAUGCGCAAAAAAAUGGGCCCGCUAAUUCUCAACAAGAGCAACUCGCAGGAUCUACUCAUUGAAGAGCUGCAAGGGAAACUGGGAAUUGGUCGCACAGUGCGGCCACGAAAACAGCCAGAUGAUUGGCUUACAGAAGGGGUCAUUGUCUGUUCCAACCCACAGCGCUUAAGAGAGGAAGGUGGCGUAUCACCAACGGUUGAUAAGUUCAUCAUUCCUCCAGAUUCGCCCAGUCCUCCGAAAAAAGUCCUUACCCCUCAUGUCCCAAAAAAGCGAGAUCCUGUGAUACAGAUGCGUGCUCCUCUCCCUCCACCCCGUAGGGAACCCUCUCCUCCUCUUCCUCCUCUUCCUCCUCCUCCUCCUCCUCCUCCUCCACCUCCUCCUCCUCCAGUUCCAGCUCCACCUUCACCUAAAGACCCCAACCCUCCUCCAUCCCUUCCUCCCAAACCUGUGACCCAGCCCCGUCCACCAAAGGUUUUAGCGUCUGUUGGCUGCCAAACGGAAUAUGAACCUGUUUUUUUACCGAUUAUGGCUCAGGGCAAGAGUUCCCCCACCAGCGUUCCAAAGCAGGGGAAUAAACUGGAUAACAUGUUGGGCAGCCUGCAGUCAGACCUCAACCGGCUGGGUGUCCAGACUGUCGCCAAAGGUGUUUGUGGAGCCUGCAAGAAACCCAUCGCUGGCCAGGUGGUGACAGCAAUGGGGCGGACGUGGCAUCCGGAGCAUUUUGUGUGCACUCACUGUCAGGAGGAAAUCGGCUCCAAAAACUUCUUUGAGAGAGACGGUCAGCCGUACUGUGAAAAGGACUACCACAGCCUCUUCUCUCCACGCUGUUACUACUGCAACGGACCCAUUCUGGACAGAGUGGUGACCGCAUUAGACAGGACUUGGCAUCCGGAGCAUUUCUUCUGUGCCCAGUGCGGGUCAUUCUUUGGGCCUGAGGGAUUCCAUGAGAAGGAGGGAAAGGCGUACUGUAGGAAGGACUACUUCGACAUGUUUGCCCCCAAAUGUGGCGGCUGUGCUCGUGCCAUUCUGGAGAACUAUAUUUCGGCCCUUAAUGCUCUUUGGCACCCUGAGUGUUUUGUCUGCAGGGAGUGUUUCACUACGUUUGUGAACGGCAGCUUCUUCGAGCAUGAAGGGCAGCCGUACUGUGAGGCUCAUUACCACGAGCACCGCGGCUCCCUCUGCUCCGGCUGUCAGAAGCCCAUUACCGGCCGCUGCAUCACCGCCAUGGGCAAGAAGUUUCACCCCGAGCAUUUCGUCUGCGCCUUCUGCCUUAAACAGCUGAACAAGGGCACGUUCAAAGAGCAGAACGACAAACCCUACUGCCAAAACUGCUUCGUCAAGCUCUUCAGCUAGAGUCUGAUAGUGUUGAGAGGAGUGUGUUUGAACAUGCACACCAAUAUCCAAAGUCCCAAGGGUCGAGUUUUACAGUUUGUCACAGUGUCAUCAUGUGGCGAUAGUGAGCAUUACACCAGCUUGUUCCUGUGCCAAAGCACUGUAGAUCUUCAGGGAAGCCAUUACGAUUUUUAACAGCCUUUUUAAAACGCUUCCCCCUGGAUCUAGAGACUAAAUUAUGGUCCUUAAAUUGCGUGGAGCUAUUUUAGAUAUUAUCGACUGCGUCGGACAAAUCAAGAUCUAUUUUUGUACUUGUUACACACACACACACACACACACACACACACACACAGAGCUUAACUUGAACAUGUAUGCACACUUCUGUUUGCACAUUUCAGACAUCUCUUAGCUGCUUUCUGGUAUAACAACACUCUGUUAUUUUAAUUCGAUUCUUUUCUCCAUCGGCCACAUCAGGUUUUUCUUAAAGGUGCAAUAACAGCUUGGCUUCAUCAAAAUCUCAAUGCCAGAUUCUGUAUAUUUUUCUAAUUUUUGGUACCCUGAUUUUAUUGUGCAUGUUAUUUCUCUGUCUGAUCACUUUAUAAACUUUUUUUUUUUUUUUUUGGUGGCUAUUGUUUGUAUUUUUAUAUGCAUGUGUUGUUUCUGUUAUUCUGGAUGGCUGGAGUGGUUUGAGCUUCCAUCCUUAUGCCUUUAUGAGAGUUUAACUGUGGAAACGACUCACUUCUGCUGUUAUAAUACAUGUUUUAUUCUUAGAAAACGCCUUCUUUAAGAGAACAGUUUGGGCCCAGAUGCCUUUUUCGUUCAGUAUAUGGCGUUCCACAAUGUGCCUAUUGCCACUGGGCAUGUUUUGCAAUUUACUUACAAUGAUUUUUGUCUUAAUUUCUUGUAUGCAAUGAGUUUGGGAUACACAUUCCCCCCUUAUUUCAAUUCAUCUGAUGUCCUACUGUAUGCAGGUAAAUAUAUUAAAGUCUUACAGUUUGUCAGUGAUUGCAACAACUUUACGCUUUACUUUUUUUUCAUAAUUUAAAGAUUUUCUUUUCCAAGGUGAUGUCAUAUUUUAUUCUACAAUGAUUGAUUGAUGACAUGCACAUUGUAUUUAAAACUUGGGGUCAAAAUGGACUGCACAAGACAUUGAAUAAAUACCAGGAUCUGAACGAC